UAGGGGUGGUCGACGCGCAGGCGCUGGGAUUGUCAACGGUUCUGUGUGCGCUUUUGAGGCUCGCGACAUCGUGCACGGGCUCGUGGUUCUGGGUCUGUUGAGCCGGGUUGCGGAAUAACCCCAACGAAUUUCACGGCUGUGUCGCGAUGGCCUCCGCAAUCCCAACACGAACGGGCGCAGCCCUUCAGAAAGACCUGCCAGAUCUUGUUGUCGACAAGAAAAGCAAGAGAGAAUACGUCCGCGGCAAGUUUCUCGGAAAGGGCGGAUUUGCGAAGUGCUACGAGUUAACAGACAAAACCACCAACGUAGUUUAUGCAGGCAAAGUGGUCUCCAAGGCACUUCUCCUCAAGCCGCAUCAAAAAGAAAAGAUGGCCCAGGAAAUACAAAUCCACCGGAGCCUCGAUCACAAGCACAUUGUAGCUUUCCAUAGUUACUUUGAAGAUGAAAAGAACGUUUACAUCAUCCUGGAGCUUUGCAGCCGGCGGAGUCUUAUGGAAAUGCACAGACGCCGCAAGACUCUCACGGAAGGAGAGGCACGUUACUUCCUGCACCAGCUUCUUCUUGCGUGCCGCUACCUUGUGCAACAGAAGGUGAUUCACAGAGACCUCAAGCUGGGAAACCUAUUGCUCAACGACAAGAUGGAGCUCAAAGUGGGCGACUUUGGGCUUGCAACCCGUUUGGACUUUGAUGGCGAGAGGAAAAAGACUCUCUGCGGUACGCCCAACUACAUUGCGCCCGAGAUACUGGCCAAGAAGGGCCACAGCUUUGAGGUCGACAUCUGGUCCAUCGGAUGCAUCUUGUUCACACUUCUUGUUGGUCAUCCACCGUUCGAGACUCCGUCCUUGAAAGAGACCUACGUUCGCAUCAAGAAAAACGAGUAUCACGUGCCUUCGUCGGUGAGCACUGCUGCCAGAAAGCUCAUCAGGAGAAUGCUGCAACAAGAUCCAGAGAGGCGUCCGAACAUAGAGGCCAUUUUGCAAGAUGAAUUCAUGACGAGGGGACCACUUCCGUCCCGCCUGCCUACAUCUUGCCUGACCACUGAGCCCCGCUAUGACACUCUCAACGCCACCCUUACUGUGAAUGGCCGCAGGCCUCUGCUGGAGCGAAAUGAAGGGCCUGAGAUAGAAGCAAAGGUAACUCCCAUAAGGAACCACCCAGAGAAGGAAGCGAAGCCUGCACAGUGCCUCAAACCCCAGCAGCCUGCUCAACCAGGUGGUUCUCAGAAGCCCGCGGCAGAGAGCCCGGCCAGCAAGGGUGCUUCGCAAGAGGCUCACCUCAACGAGCUUCAACGCCUUAUCAAGCGCCUGAUUAGCGCUCGUCCGCCCGAGCUGCGCUUCGAGCGUCCCGAUGAGGCAGAGGACCCAGCUUCCGUACCGGUGUUCUGGGUCAGCAAAUGGGUGGACUACACGGACAAGUAUGGGCUAGGCUACCAGCUGUGCGAUAACAGCAUCGGCGUGGUCUUCAACGACAACACCAGAGUCAUUCUGCUCAGCAACAACCUGAGCGUGACGUACGUCGACGAGGACAACAUUGAGCACUACCACUCCCUGGAGGAGUAUCCACCGUCGCUGGAGAAAAAGAUAACGCUUCUGAAAUACUUCUGCACAUACAUGAAGCAGUACCUUCUCAUGACAGGCGAGGAUGUCAGCCCCAGGGAGUGUGACAAUCUGGUCAGGCUGCCGUGCCUACGGACAUGGCUGCGAACACGGUCAGCAAUCGCGUUCUACCUGACCAAUGGAACAGUCCAGAUUAAUUUUUUCCAAGACCACACCAAGCUGAUCUUGUGCCCACUGAUGGCAGCAGUGUCGUACAUAGACAACAACCGGGUAUUCCACACGUACCGGCUUGAGACGCUCCACAACGGCUGCCCACCCGAGCUGUUCUCUCGGCUGAAGUAUGCGAGGACCAUCCUAGACCGGCUGACUAGCACGUCCUCCUCCUAGUCCGACCACCUUCCCAGCUUCCUCUUUUUUGCCUGUGCUCUGGGACCAAGGUUUCGGAUUUCUUUUUUUUUUUUUU